AUGGUAGCCCCCAGCGACGCCACCAGCGUUAAAGACGCCCAACAACGAGCCGAACCGGAACUCAAGAAUGUGGUAGACUUUCUCCGUGCUAAAGCGGGGCCGAAAGUGAGGAUGGGUAUCUUGAAUGGGAAGCGAGUCGAGUACUUCAAAGGCAAGACCGCCGUCAGAUGUCUUCUCAGCCCUCAAUAUCAAAAGCUCAAGAAGGUGCCCGCCAUCACCACAGAAGACGAAGCCAAAGCCCUUCUUGCCAGGAUCUUGCCCUUCGCCUUCUUCCUCCGUACCGACCGUCCUCCCCCCGAAGCCCUUCCUCCUCCCGGCCAGCCCAAACCCCUCCGCCUCGCCCCCCAACAAUCCUUCGACCCCGCCUCCUACUACACCUGGUUCUACGAUGGCUCCCCCCUCUACACCUACCUCGGCGGCGCCGCCAUGGUCUUCAUCAUGCUCGCCGGUGUCAUGUUCCCGCUCUGGCCCGUCACCUUGAGGAUAGGCGUGUGGUACUUGUCCGUCGGGGUGUUGUGUCUGGUGGGACUGUUUAUAGUGAUGGCGAUUGUGAGAUUGAUCUUUUGGUGUUUGACGGUGAUGGUCUGUCAGAGGGCGAUCUGGAUCUUCCCCAAUUUGUUUGAAGACGUUGGAUUUGUGGACUCUUUCAUCCCCGGCUGGGAAUACGAUAUCCCCAAGACCAAAUCAUCCAAACGCCCCAAGACCUCCAAGUCCUCCAGCCGCGUCAAGACGCUCAAACCUGUCCUCGCGCCCGGCGACAACCCCGGCACAAGCUCUACUUCCGCCCCUGCUUCGCCUGCUUCCCCCGCCAAUGGUCCUGUGGCUGCGGCUGGUGGUGCAGGACCGGCUGCUGAGAAAGAUGGACUGAAAAGUAGACGAGCAUUUGUGGAAGAGGUUGAGGACGACGAAUGA